AGAAAAGGCGAUUCUGAGCUGAGGUUACCUCAGGAUUUCUCAAGCUAACUAGCCUAAUCAAUCGGAUCAGUGCUGACUGGAAACCCAAGCAGUCUGAUUUCAGAUCAGAGGUCGGACAUGUAAGUAUUGGAGUAAAUGCUUGAGGCAUGAUGCUCAGAGACUCAUCAACGCUGCAAGCCUGAACAGGGGGCACUGCUGGGUGACUUAUAGCCUUUACUGGGAGUGUGUGUUGAGAGACGAAGCAGGUCAGAGGACGAUCUCGAUCUCAGUCAGACGGGACAGACCAGCUUCAGAUGCCACUUUCGCCUGGCGUACAGAUCUACGACUGAAUGACUGGACAUGCACAGCAGCGCUGCGUGAUCUAGCAGAGAUCAUGGAGGUCCAUUCCAGCAGUAAUGGGGUGAUGGACGGCUUACACCCUCAAACCGUCCUCUCUCGGCUCAGCGAACAGCGCUCACACGGCCUCUUCUGUGAUGUUACCAUCGUUGUUGAAGACAUUAAAUUCCGUGCUCACAGAAACGUCCUGGCUGCGACCAGCGGAUAUUUUCGAAAGGCUUUGACCACCUCUGGGACUUGUCCAUCUGGCCAGGUGCUGGAGAUUCCAGACCUGAAAUCUGAGGUGUUUGCAACCAUCCUGAACUUUAUAUACUCAUCCAGAGUGGACUCAGUGGGCACAGAGGAACACAAAUCCUUAGUGGCUGCUGGAAAGAGACUAGGCAUCCCGUUUCUGGAAAAGCUUCUCGAGACCAAUAUGGUUCGAACCCAACCGUUUGCUAAGUCAGAAAGUUCUACCAGCCAGACUAAACUGACCGGUCCCUGGGGCUUUAAGAAUGAACAACAGCGUGUUGAAGAGCAAGACUGCUCCAAAGGUCCCCGGAUAAUGAACGCAUUCUCCUUCACAGAGGUUCCAGAAGUUAGCAACCCAUUUACCUUAAUGGAUCUGCACACCAAUGCUGAGCAGUCAUCAGACCCGGGACCUCAGCAGGCACCGGGAGCGCCACCUCUAGAAGGUGAUUCAGUAGACGCAGUGUUUGAACACUCGUAUGCUGUGAGCAAAGAGCAUCACACUGCAGAUCUAAAAGAAGGGUCACAAUUAAGUGAUAAAACAACCACCAAGCCUGAACUCGGUCCUAUUAAAAAGCGCCAUCGACUUUGCAAAGCUUUAGCACCUGCACAAAACGAAACAAGUGCUACUGUUCAGAAUCCUGCCGUGCAAAAUGGACCGCCUGACUCCACAUCUUCAGACUUAACAACGGAUUUGAAUUCUGCCCCUGAAUUGAUGUCUCCUCCUGAAAUUUCACCCUUGCCAGAGGCUGAACCACCCGCUUUAAUACCAGAAGACGUACCAACAUCUACGACGUAUCGCUGCCAGCAAUGUCCUGAGGCUUUCAGCAGCUCAGCACUCCUCACCAUCCACAAGCAAAUCCAUAAGAGAAGAUUUGUUAGUCACUUGUUUUGCAAGUUCUGCAAUAAAAAGUUUAUCCACUUGAAAAGGUUGCGCAAUCACGAGCAAGUUUGUUUAAAAGGUCCACCAGAGCUGGAGCCAAACGACAAACAAGAUACUGACAGUCUAGAUCAGCCUAGCGCUGGAGAUACUUUAACAAGUCCUGAUGUUCAAGAUCCUCCAGAACUUGAUCACACAUUGACGAGUACUUCUGAGGAACCUCAAGAAGUUUUUACAAAACCACGUGGUCGUCAACGAGCAUAUAAAUGUAGUAUGUGCAAACGGGCCUACGUGACUCUGUCCAGCCUGAAACGUCACGAAAAUGUGCACUCUUGGCAAAGAGCUUAUCCCUGCCAUUACUGCAAUAAAGUGUUUGCUCUGGCGGAAUAUCGUACCAAACAUGAGAUCUGGCACACAGGCGAGAGGCGCUAUCAAUGCAUUUUCUGCCUGGAAACUUUUUUGACUUAUUAUAUCCUCAGGAACCACCAGAAGUCCUUCCAUGGAAUUGAUCCACGUUUGACUGUAAAUAAGAAAACUGGUAAUGGUGGAUUUAAAGGGAGCAUCUACCCUAUAAAGCUUUACCGACUGUUACCGAUGAAGUUUAGGAAGAAAAGGUACAAGACGUACAAUGAGACUUGUUCUGAAGUCCUGGGUAAACCUGAGCAUGCUCCUCUAAACACCUCAGAUGUUCCACACAAAGGCAACAAAAAUUCAGAGAGCGUUAAUAUUGGUCAGUCUUUAUUUUCUAUGCCGGUGACCUUUAUGGCAACCCCAAAGUUGAUGGCUACAGAAGUACCUCUCAUUAACCGAAGUGCAGAGAUACCUCUUACUUCCGAUGAGAACUUGCCUCAUGGACGAAGAAAAGGCUUUCAAACCCAGAAGAAUGCACAACUGACAGGCUUUGAGGGCACAGGAUCCCCGUUUUUAAUUAACAAAUAUACGUCUCUGACAACAGAGGAAAACUCCUCUUUAAGGGCUUCAAUUAGGGACCCCAAGUAUGAUGCAGCUUCCAAGCAAGUCAGCAGCGAGACAAACCGAGAUGUUUUGCCAUUUCUGAAUUUACCGCCUGUUUGCUCUUUUGAGGGCUUGAGCAAACUAAAUGAAUUGUCAGCAGCGGCACAAACCAUUGAAGCGAUGGCCAAUCAACUGCUCAAGCCACCACCAGGGAGCCAUGUGCAAGACCUUCCACCUGACAAACAGACAGAAACCUACAUUGCCAAACCUGCCUGUCCAGGGCCAUCAGUGGACAACCAGGUCUUGCCCCUGUGCCAGAUAACCGUGAAAAUUGGCAAUGAGGCCAUUAUCCGUCGCAAGAUUAAAGGCUCUAAACUCUUCCCAAAAAAGAAAAAGAGGAGAACCUGGGAAGAUGGUCAAACCAACCAUGUGGAGGAUGGUGCAGGAUUCCCAAAUCUGCGCCUACGGACAGAGGUCACAAGCUCAGUAACAGAAGACGAGCCUUAUGAAGAUGUAAAUGAUCCAGAAAAUGACAAACCCUGGCGUCCAUAUUAUUCAUACAAACCCAAAAAAAGAGGGAAGCGCUUAAGGUCUAGGCAGAAAAGAAUUAAGGGGGAUAAUUACUACACAAAGCCUCUAUCCCCUGAACCAGAAGGUGAUUUUACCAAAAGAGAGGAAACUGAAACCAGGGUAGAACUUAGGGGUCCAAAAGAGGACUUUAUGUGCCGUCGCUGCAGCAGGUCCUUCUCAAGUCCAACUUCACUUAGCAUGCAUAUCAUCAGCUGCCAUCAGCCUCGCUGCAAGAUCUGUAGCAAGCUGUGCCCGGUGGAUGAGCUUCCUAAUUCAGACACAUCGUUCAUGGGAGACUUUAUCUGCCAGAGUUGUACAGAGGAUGGUUCCUGCUUCAGCUCAGACACCACGAGUCGUACCAUGAGCAGUGAGAAACGCUAUCGCUGCUCGUACUGUCCACAGAGGUUUCUGUACCUUGCCACCAAGAAGAGCCAUGAGGCGAAACAUCUUGAUAAGUUUGGAGGGACUCUGGAACACAGCUGUCGUUACUGCUCCAAAGUGUGCAAGUCUGCAGCGCAGCUCAGUAUACAUGAGGGCAAACACGCGACUAAAAUAAGAGAGACAGAAAAGAGUGACGUUAACACAGAUACAAGAGCAAGAUCGCCUCUUCCAGAGAUCAGACAUCAAAUGAAACCUGAACCAUGGGAAAGUUUUAAAAAAACGGAGAAACCACUGGAAAAGGACUAUCCAAAAAUCAAGAAUAUCCACAAGAAGAUGUCUUCGUCGUUUUCCAGUGAAGCUAACCGGACUUUAUCUCCUUUCCUUCCAGACUUGCUCAGAAGAAAAAACAAGAAGAAAAACCGUCUGAAUCUUUAUAAAAACUUCAGUCCAGGAUCUGAGGCUCAAGAGCAAAGUCUGCUUACAAGUGCACCAAGCAACCUUCUCAGCAUACCCUAUCCAGUAUGCCUGGCCAGACUGCCCGCUGCUAAAGAAUCUUCCCUGCACGCACACAGAUCAGAGUGGUCUUCGUUCAAAGAGGAACCUGUGUUUCCCUCGGACGACUGAUCCCGCAGAAAGGAAACGAUGUUAAUGAGAACAGCAAUAUGAAGAAGCACUUUCGAAACCGACUAUAAGUAUAUGAAAGUAUUAAUGUCACAUUAAUGUGUGUAAAUAGAGAGUAUUUUUUAUCUGUUUAUGCUAAAUAAUGCUAGUAGUUUUCAAUGUUUAUUAUAAGAAACAUUUAUUUUUGUACGUUUCCGAUUUUUGUGAACGUAUUGCGUAAUAUUAUGAAGAAAUGACAUUCCUCCUCAGCACAGCCGGACUGCAUCACUUCCUUCAGAAUGUUCAUGUUAUCUGUUACAUGCACCACAGUGAUGAGUGAUUCCUGAAUAAUUCAUUUAGUAGAAAGACCAAGUCAGAUGUACAAAUGAUUUACUGGUACGAAUGAUUAUAAGCUUACAGGUUGAUGUUACACAUACAGUAUGUACGUUCACCUGCCAUCACUUGUGAUUCCUCAGAUUCUUAUCAGACCUAUUAUAAUUAUAAUCAAUAAAUCAAAGUUCAAAAAGUGUAAAAAGUAGUUUUAAUGACUUACUAAUGUGAGUAAUAAAUGAGUCGACUUUUAUUGUUUAGUUCACGUGUCAAACUCGAGGCCUGUAAGCCAAAUCCAGCCGCCACAUCAUUUUAUAUGGCCUGCGAGAGCUUAAAAGACGUAUGAUUGUCUUAAAAUACACUGUAA